AUGACUUUACUUUCUCUGAUAUCGGUAACUUCCUUCAUUUCUUCUUUUGCUUCUUCUUCCAGUUCUUUCACUUGUUCCUUCACUUCGACUUUUUCUUCCAAUUCUUCUUUCAGUUGUACUUCUUUCAUUUCUUUGAUAUCAGUAACUUCCUUCACUUCUUUUACUUCUUGUUUCGAUUCGUCUUUCCUUCUUUCUUCCUUCACUUCUUUCACUAAUUUUUUCACUUUGUCCACUUCAAAUUCUUUCACCUUUUCUUUCACAGUUUCUUCUUCUUCUUCUUCUUCUUCUUCUUCUUCUUGUUUCACUCCUUUAUCUUCUUCUUUUUCACUUCUUUCACUUAUUUCUUCACUUCUUUCUUAUUCUUUUCUCUUUCAUUUCUUCUUUAACUUCUUUUACUUCUACUUUAUCUUUCAAUUUUCUUUCAUUUUUUUCUUCUUUCACUUUUUUAAUUUCUUUCACUUAUUCUUAUACUUAUUCAUUCACUUCUUCUACUUUUACAUUUUCUUUCAAUUGCUCUUUUUUUUCUGUUCAUAUCUAUUUAUCUAUCUGUUCUUAUCUAUCUCUCUAUCGAUAAGUCUGUUCAUUAUCUAUCUAUCUAUAUGUCUAUCUGUUUGUCUCUCUCAGUCUGUUUAUAUAUCUAUAUCUCUCCCUGUCUCACGCUUUGUAAAUCGUUUUUAUUCUUCCUGUUCUCUAACUUUUCCAACUUCUUUCCUUUCUCUCUUUCUUAACUUUGACCUCCUCCUUCUCCUCUCUCUCUCUCUCUCUCUCUCUCUCUCUCUCUCUCUCUCUCUCUCUCUUUUCUUCUUUACAUUUUUAUUUUUUUCUCUUCCUUCUUCUUUUUCUCUUUUCUGGAUAACUCGCUCUUCCUUCGCUUUGAUUUUCCAUAUCUCUCUCUCCAUUUUCCCUCCUUUCUUCUCUGCUUUCUUCUGUUGUUUGUUUUUAUCCUCCCACAUGGACAUAUUCUUUGUCUUCCUCUUUCCUUACUUUCCAUCUCUCUUCCUUCUACUCUUCCUUCAUUUUAAUUUUAUCCCCCUUUCCUUCUUUUUUCUCUCACUCUCUUUCUCUUUUUCUUUUUUCCAUUUUCUUAUCCUCCCCAAUUCACUCUUUUCUUUCUUCUUCCUUUUCUCUUCUUUUUUCCAAUCUUGCUUCGAUUUAAUUUGCAAAUCUCUUGCCUUUCUUUCUUUCUUUCUUUCUUUCUUUCUUUCUAUUUUUAUCUUCCCAGACACACUCGUUUUUCCUCCUUUUCCCUUACAUUUCCACCUCUCCCCGUUCUUUGCUCUGGCUUCCAUUUCUCUCCCCACCCCCGCCCGAUUUCUCUUUCUAUCUUCCUCUCUCUCUCUCUAUAUAUAUAUAUAUAUAUAUAUAUAUAUCUACUUGUCUUUUCAGCAAUAUAUUUUUCAUCAGAUUUAUUCAAUUUCUACAUCCUCCACUAAACAUAUUUCCACGUCAUUAAUUCUCUCUGAUGAUAUUUUCCUUGCCAUUGUUAACGAAACACACUUAGUCUGGAUGUGA